AUGACUGAGGUACCACUUGCUGCGCUUAAUUCUCUUCACUACUUCCUUCCUCACCAUGCCGUGGUAAAAGAAGCUAGCUCGACUACAAAACUGCGGAAUGUUUUUGACGCGUCUUGUAAAACAUCCGAUGGUACGUCGCUUAAUGAUCAUCUUUAUAUUGGUCCUAGAUUACAAGAUGACGUCUUUGACCAUAUCGCAAGGUUUAGGAGAUUCAAAGUAGCAUUUUCAGCCGACAUCACUAAAAUGUAUAGGCAAAUUUGGGUCACUCCAGAUGAUUUAAUGUAUCAACUUGUGCUAUGGCGAGAUGUAGAAGUGAAGGCAUACCGCCUUAACACAGUCACUUUUGGUACGGCCUCGGCACCUUACUUAGCCAUCCGAACGCUCCAACAAUUGGCAUCUGAUGAACGUGAUGCAUCGAAAAUAGCCUUAAAAAACUUCUACGUCGAUGAUGUAAUUCACAGGGCAGACUCAGUGAUAGAGGCGGUGGAGAUGCAGACACAGCUCAUAAAGAUGUUGAAGAAAGGAGGGUUUCCAUUACGAAAAUGGGCAAGUAACUGCGAGGAGCUGUUGAUGUCUGUACCAGAGGAAGAUAGGGAGGUACAAAUCCCAUUAUCGUUUGAUGCAAAAAAUGCAAUAAAAACUCUUGGCAUUCAGUGGCAUCCUGCAAAGGAUGUUUUUGCAUUUAAAAUCUCGCUUCCAGAACAUACAAAAAUUACAAAGAGAACUAUACUAUCAGAUCUUGCUCGCCUGUACGAUCCAAUGGGUUGGAUAGCACCUUGCGUCAUCAUCGGAAAAAUCAUAAUGCAAGAAACUUGGAAAGAUAAACAAACAUGGGAAUCUGAGCUCCCAUCGUCAAUCAUCUCUGCGUGGCAAAGUUUGAAAGCUGCACUGAGCCUUUUAGAGGCCAUCCAGAUCCCCCGCUGGUUAAAUCUCACCAAUGAAUCAAAGGUCGAGGUCCACGGAUUUUGCUAUGCAUCUGAAAAGGCAUAUGCGGCAGCAAUAUAUCUUAGAGUUACCACCGGAAAUGAAACGAACAUUAAUCUCAUCGUGUCAAAAACUAGAGUGACACCUCUUAAAACUAAAUCUUUAGCUGGGUUGGAGCUUUGUGGAGCUCUGCUUCUGGCACAGUUGUUGGUACACACUGUGGAUACGAUGGAACUUCAAUCUGCAAAACUGUUCACUUGGUGCGACUCUCAAAUUACUCUAGCUUGGAUUAAAAGCGCACCCUACCUGAGAACAACGUUCGUUGCCAACAGAGUGGCAGAAAUCCAAGAACUGACUGAUACGUUCCAUCUAAGGAGAACCCCGCUGACAUUGCAUCUCGAGGAGUCUCUCCUAAUGAUCUCAUUCAGAAUCGACAGUAGUGGAAUGGUCCUGAAUUCCUAA